AUGAUCCUCGCCGCUCUGGUCGGCCUAUUCGCGAACAAUGUGAAGUCGCGGCGAGGUGGCUCGGCGCCGGGCCGCCGUAAGAGCAAGCAGAGGCAUCGACUGGAGGGCUAUUGCUUGCUCUACACCGACUACUUCGCCGACGCUCCACUACACGGCGAGAAAGUAUUUCAGUACCGUUAUCGAAUGAGCCGAAAGCUCUUCCUCAGGAUUGUGAAUGUCAUCCGGGAGUUCGACAACUACUUCAAAUGCAAGAAAGAUUGCACCGGCACAGUUGGAUUCUACUCACUCCAGAAGUGCACGACAACUAUGAGGAUGCUUGCAUACGGAGCUCCCGAUGAUAUACUGGAAGACUAUGGACGCAUGGCCGAGUCCACCACCAUUGAGUGUUUGUACAAGUUUUGCGGGCAGUGGUGGCAGUGUUUGGACCACAAUACUUGCGAUCACCCAAUGCCGAUGACACUGCUCGAAUCCUAG